CAUUAGCCGCCAUUUCUAUUUUGGGCUUCAGUUUGUUGCUGCGAUAUAUUGUUUUAUUAAUUUUUCUGCUAAGUGAGUGAGUGUGGUUGGAUUGAAAAUAUGGUUGACAAGAUGGAUAUGAGUUUGGAUGAUAUAAUCAAGACUGGAAAACCGAGCGGUGGCGGAAGAGGCCGUGGUGGCGGCAAGCGGGGCGGCCGCGGAGUCUCACGAGGAAGUACCAGGGGCGGCGGAAGAGGAGGCGCCCAAUUCAGCAGAGGAGGCGGCGGUGGACAAUUGAGGGGCGGCGUUCAAAGGGGGCGCAAUCGGGGCGGCGUCGCCAGGCCAUACAUCAGGGGAGAUGUUAACAGUGCUUGGAAGCACGAUUUGUUUGAGGGCUAUGGCCCGAGGAAACUGGCGGCUGUCAGGGCAGCUGUGCAAUCCAGCAUGGGGCCAACUAAACUGAUGGUCUCCAAUUUGGACUUUGGGGUCUCAGACUCUGACAUCCAAGAGCUGUUUGCAGAGUUCGGACCGCUGAAAAAUGCCGCCGUGCAUUAUGAUCGCUCAGGGCGGUCGCUGGGAACAGCUGAUGUAAUUUUUGAGAGGAAGAUGGAUGCCAUCAAGGCAAUGAAACAGUACAACGGAGUCCCAUUGGAUGGACGCGCUAUGAACAUACAGAUCACCACAUCAGAGAUCCAGUCAGUGCUGAGGAGUGGCAGAAUCAUGGGAGGUGGACCAACUGGACCCAUAGGCAUGGAGAGAAAGUUCAGCAGCAAUAAUAGAGGUGGUAGCCCAAGGAGAGGAGGACCCAAGAGCAGGCCAACGAGAGGACGCGGCGGUGGAGGUCGCAAUCCCAGGAAUACGAAGAAACCAGGAGCGCCCCCAACUGCGGAACAGUUAGACGCAGAGCUUGACGCCUACACCAAGGAGAUGAAAUAGUACCGUUUUUAAAAUAAUUUUAAAACACAUGCAAAAAAGAAAGGAACAACAAGAUAAAACCUCAAAGACUUUUUUCGUACUAUUGUUUUGUGUGUAAUCAGAAGCAACAGAAAUGGUUCACAUAAUUUAGUUUACAUGUGACAAAACCCUAAUUUAUCUAUUUCUCAAUCCUUAAGUCUCUUUAGGUUACAUGUAAACUUUAUUUUUAGUUUUGUUUUCUUCCGGUAACCGCGAUAAUUCGUAAUAAUAAUAUUACAUUGAAUGAAAGGAAAUGUAAGGAUAAUCAAUUUGCAAUAACUUUUUACAACAUUUUAAUGAGCCUUCGAAAUUAAAAAGAGAAAUUACUUUGAAAAUAUA